AUGAAAGUUAGAAGUGGUUGUUCCUAAUAUCCAAGUCUCCUACAAAUAUUCGUAAUAGUCUUUUACGUCUUUAAUGUUGUCAUGACUUAUAUUCAUAUUAUAAUUCUCGAAGAACAUGUAAUUUUAUUAUCUAUUUAGACUGCACAUUACAUAAUAUUCUCUUUUUUGACUUUAAUUUCUAGUUACUUUAGCAUAAAAACUACAAUUUGUGAUCCCACAGAUACUUAUGUGAUUUAAUAAUAAAAAAAUAGAGGGUAUUUUAAUUUUUGAAGCAUUAGAGCCCCUUUUGAUUAUGAAGAACAUUAACUCAGUUAAUUUUGUGAACUUUGUAUUGCAUAUGUAAAGGAGACAACAAAACAUUGUAAAUAAUGUAACAGGUAAUUAACAACUACUAUUAGGUGUUGCGAAGACUUUGACCAUCAUUGUAGAUGGAUCAACAAUUGUGUAGGAGGAAGAAAUUAUAAAUAAUUUAUAGGAAUGAUUGUAUUUACAUUCAUCAUUCUAAUAUAUUCAUUAAUAGUGAAUGGAAGAGUUAUUAAUUAAUACAAUAAAUAGGAACUAGAAACUUUAACUGUAAAUUUUCACUUUAUGUAAGAUCUACUCAAAAUAUAAAAAGUCACUAUUCAUAAUAACCAUAAUGUUGUUAGUUCUUGAAAUAAUAGCUUCAUUACUUCUCUUAUAAUUAAUAAUUUUUCAUGCAUAUCUUUGUAAAAAAGGAAUUUCAACUUAUGAAUAUAUAAUCUAAAAGAGAAUUAAAUAAGUUUAACCUUCUAAUUGUUCAGAAUUCAAUAUUAUUAAUAAUCAAGAGAGCAAAAUGGAUAUUAUUAAAAAUAAUCGAGAGUAAGAAGAUCAAUCCAUAAUCUUUAGAAAAGAAAAAGAAAAGUAGGCAAGUUAAAUAUAUACUAAUUCAGAAAUGAUUAAGAAAGAUGAAUCACUUUGUUCAUCUAAGAAAAAUAGUUAAUCUAUAUUAUAGAAACGAAAACUCACAUAAGGUGACAGUGAUGAUUCUUAAAAAGAAGGUGUUAUCAAUUUCUUUUCAUAAAGAAUUUAAUCUAAUGUAGAUAUUCGAUUAUAAAAUCGUUAAUUGAAUACAAUUGAUAUGAAAACACCAGAAAUAACAUAAUUUUAAUGA